ACAAGCUCAUAAUUUUCAAAGAGUGUCUUGUUUUCCAGUCAUUGCCUCUUUAGUUUCUUGUUUGAUUCAGUUCGUUUCUCUAUCUCUUUUUGAGGUCGUUUUUCUUGGAAAAAAUGCCGGAGGAAGGAAGCAGGUCCAGUCCCUUCUGGCAAAAUUAUUACUACUACAACAAUGGAUCCGGCCCUCAAAUUCUCAACUUGAUUCAGUUGAUGGAAGCAUCUGAUCCUCAACAAGACCCACUUGGUCAACUUGAUUUAAAUCAGGAAACAGGCCGAUUCAAUUUUGUGGAUAUUUUAACUCAAGAAGGGCUGCUUUGUCCACCGAUUCAUCAAGGCUCAACUUCUCAAAGGUUUGAUGGAGGCACGAGCUCAACAAUCCAUCAGUUCUCACGUGGCCCAUCAACAUUACAAGGGGCUAGUACUUCCGGUGCUCUACUGGGUAGCAUUGACUUGAGUGCUUUAUCUGCUUACAUUCCUUUUGACCAUGUUGGGCCAACUUCAAGGACAACACGAUAUGAAGAUGCUGCAGCAGAUGGCAGAAAUUUUUAUUGCAGAGAAGUGCAUCGGCAUAUGCUUCUAGACAGAUGUCCUUGGGUAGUAGUUCAAGCUCUGCUCAGCAAGGUAGAAUUUUUGAACAAGGAAAUGCCAGAGGCAGCUUCAACCAAUAUGAAGCCUUGAACUUGAAUACAAAUCUAAAUUCCUU